AUGUCAUCCGCUCUUUUUGACGACGUAUUCACAGUACAGGAAGUGGACACCGGUAGAUAUAACAAGGUUGCUCGUAUCGAGGCCCAAUCCACCUCCCAAGAAACAUGUAAAUUGACUUUGGAUAUCAACAAUGAACUCUUCCCAAUUAAAGCUCAAGACCAACUAGCAGUUAUGAUCACAACAUCUUUACAACUCGACGGUUCGGAAGAACCUCAGGGCACAUCGUGGAGAGCUCCUCCUGCAGGUACCAGAUCGUUAGCUGACGACUACGACUACGUUAUGUACGGAACUGCGUACAAAUUCGAAGAAGUCAAGGGGAACAAGGACCUCUUGGCUGUUUACUAUUCUUUCGGUGGGCUAUUGAUGAGACUAGAGGGAAACUAUAGAUUGUUGAAUAACUUGAAGCAAGAAAACGCUUACUUGUUGUGUCGUAAGUGA